AUGGGCAUGCGCGCUUUAGCUCGAGUGCGGCAAGGACAUGAAGAACUUCGCAGGGUGGGUUGGGAAGUUCAAAGAGCCAUGCGUUGGGCGACAACGCUACAUCAACAACUUUGGACCAUGCUUGAGUCACUCAAUGGUCAUGAUGUCGACGUCAUGGAAGUGUUCCUUAUGUGCCAAGGUGGUUAUUGUCUGAGGAUAUUGGGCAACUAUCAGCAUCUCAUGCCUCAGAUCAUGGAAAAAAACUUGCUUGAAAGACUCGACCAAUUGGGUGUUGAUGAUCUCCCACCAGCCAUGGAAGAGGAAUACGCGCUGUCUGAUAUCAAUGAAGAAGAUUGGAAAGAUAUUAUCGAUGAAGGUAUGAUCCAAAAUUUGAUGAAUGUUGAAGGCCGGAAUGAAGAUGAUGGAUGA